AUGUUUGUCUUUGCCCGACUCCCCUUCCGCCCAUCCAGCUGGCUAAUGCGCGAAGUGACUCUAGAAAUCCAAGAAAGUAAGCUCUUUCCUCUAUGUCCGACCUAUCAGACGUCGCUCUGGAUGUUUAGAGCUGCUCUAAAAGGAUUUCAGAACAAAUGGAAAUCGUACAGACACAGGUUUGUACCUUGGGUUGUACUGAACCUGUCUAAAAAUGAGAAGACUCUGCGGAAGGUGACAGAGCGCUCGAAGGACAAACUAGUCCCGGAUGAGGAGGUCUCCCAGAGCCUGCUGCAGCUCUUCAGAGUCCUGCUCAGGGGUCAUGGGGCUGAUCAUGGGAAGCUCCAAGGUGUUCAAACUCGCUUUCUCGGGCAAGAGACAAGUGAAGAAGACCAGUGUGGAGGGAAUUCAGUGUUUGGAGAUGAUGCCAUGUUACAGUCACUGGGAUUCUACCUUGACCGGAAACCUAGCUCCUUACCCUCUGCAGGAACUGGAGUGUUUGUCACUAAAGGAUGUGUACCCAGAGGAACUACAGUGGCCAUGUACCCUGGCACGGUCUACCAAGCCUAUGAGCCAAUUCUCCUCCAGUCCAUCGGAAACCCUUUUCUAUUCAGGUGUAUUGAUGGUGUCUUGAUUGAUGGGAAUGACAAAGGCAUCUCCAAAAUGGUGUUCAAGUCAUGCAGUGGUAGGGACAGAAUAGGGCCUUUCAUGAUGAGUGACACCAGCUGGCUGACAUCCAGACCACAAAACCCGCUUGCUGUUGGUCAGUACGUCAACAACUGCUCCUACGAGACGCCUGCUAACGUGUGUUACCAGGAAUACGACGUGCCGGACAGUUUUCCCAUCCAGCUCCGCCAGUAUCUGCCUAAUGUCAAGUACAGCCAUGACACACAGAGGCCUCUACGCUGUGUUGUCCUUGUAUCACUCAGAGACAUUACAGCAGGCGAGGAACUCUUCUCCAACUACUACACCAUUGUGCAUUAGAGUCAAUGUACACACCACUGUUCUACUCUGGUGACAGAACUUAAGAAAAUGUACUUUUUAAAAAAUAUAUUAUUGU